ACUGUCAAGAGGUAAGAAUUCAUGAUAAGGUUUGUGGUGAGGUUGUGUGAUAAAAAAAUUAUAAAAAGCUAUUCGUUUUCUACCACUUACCGUAGUAGUCAAAUACUUGUUUUCUAUAUUUCUUAUUAAUUAUUAUCUUCAGUGUAGCCUAUAUAACAAGUGAUUAAAUAGACCAGUUUUUGUCGAUGAGAAUUUUUAUUUCAUCAAUUUUACGAAGGACGUACGGAAAUAGUUUCUCAAGAAAAAUGAGUAUUGACAUUGGAGGUAUGCGUUUAAGAUAUAAGGAUAAAGAUGAUACUUUUCUAGAAAAACAUUUAGUGUCCAAAGAACCAUUUGGCCAAUUCAAAGCAUGGUUUGAAGAAGCCUGUACUAAGAAAGAAAUUUUAGAACCUAAUGCAAUGUGUUUGGCGACAGCCACAAAGGAUGGUAUACCCUCCGCUAGAUUUGUGUUAUUGAAAGGCUAUGGUAAGGAAGGCUUCAAAUUUUUCACCAAUUAUGGAAGUCGAAAGGCAAAGGAACUGGAUGAAAAUCCAAAUGUUGCUGCAACAUUUUAUUGGGAAGUUCUGAAUAGAUCUAUUAGAAUUGAGGGCCAUAUAGAAAAGAUUUCUGUGGAAGAGUCAACUACAUAUUUUCAUUCAAGACCUGUUCCAAGUCAAAUAGCAGCAUGUGCUAGUUACCAAAGCACUCCCAUUGAAUCAAGAGAUAUUCUGUGCGAGAGGGAAAAGGUUUUAGAAGCUGAAUAUUUGAUUCCUCAGAAGGAAGUCCCUAAGCCAGAGUUCUGGGGUGGUUACAUUAUUCGUCCAAGAAGUGUUGAAUUCUGGCAAGGUCAACGUGAUCGUCUACAUGACCGUAUUAAAUUCAGAAAGCCUAAAAAUGGAGAAACCCCAGAUGGAAAGCUUUUGCAUCAAGGUGAAGAGGGUUGGGUGUAUGAACGUCUAUCUCCUUAAACUAUUUUAUUUACAUUUUUUAAUAACUGAAUUUA